AAGGAGGCUCUUCCCUCCGCUGAGAAAUCAGCUUAGGAAAGCAAAGUUUGAGCAGCGAAUUCCUGUUAUUUCAAAACACCCCAUGUGACAGGAUAUUUCCUUAUCAUUUGGAGCCCAGAGCCUUCCCCGAUCCACCAGCCCUCCACAGGCGCGGCGGACCUGCCCGCCGGGAAGCCCUCUCCUCCCCGCGGCCGCCCAGCGCCCGAGCAGCGAGCCUCGGCCAUGGCUCACCCCCUGCUCCUGGUUCUCCUCGCACUUGUCCCCGCCGCUCUGCCGCUGCUGGAUACUAGCAUCUUUUUAAUAUAUAAUGAAGAUCACAAGUGCUGUGUGCUGGCUCAAAGCUCUAGUUCAGUGACUACUGCUCCUUGCGUUCAAGACAAUGAGUCACAAAAAUUCAGGUGGGUCUCAGAUCACCAGCUUAUGAGCGUAGCAUUGAAACUGUGCUUGGGAGUGCCUUCGAAGAAAGACUGGGUUCCGGUCACUCUGUAUCCUUGUGACAAGGCUAGUGAACUGCAGCGAUGGGAAUGCAGAAAUGAUACCCUUUUUGCAAUCGAAGGGGAAGAUUUGUUUUUCAACUAUGGAAACAGACAGGAAAGGAAUAUUAUGCUGUACAAGGGAUCUGGUUUAUGGAGUAGGUGGAAAGUCUACGGAACCACAGACGAUCUGUGUUCUCGAGGCUAUGAAGAUACCUACACAGUGAAAGGAAAUGCCAAUGGAGCACCCUGUGUAUUCCCUUUUAAGUUUGGUGGUAAAUGGUACGCUGAGUGCACAGAUGCUGGCAGAUCAGAUGGCUGGUUCUGGUGUGGCACCACUUCAGACUUUGAUGUUGACAAGAUGUAUGGAUUUUGCCCAUUGAAAUUUAAUAGUAUUGAUUUGUUGUGGAAUACUGAUCCUUUAACAAAUGUCCAGUACCAGAUAAACUCCGAGGCAGCUCUGAAAUGGCACCAGGCAAGAAAAAGCUGUCAACAGCAGAAGGCAGAGUUAUUAAGCAUCACUGAGUUGCAUGAACAAACAUACCUGACAGGUUUGACUGGCAGAUUGAGUUCUGCUCUCUGGUUUGGUCUUAACAGUUUGAAUUUCAACAGUGGAUGGCAAUGGGUUGGUGGUGUGCCCUUUCGAUACUUAAAUUGGGUUCCAGGAAACCCCUCUCCAGAGCCUGGAAAAAUCUGUGCAGCGUUAAAUCCUGGCAAAGGUGCCAAGUGGGAGAAUCGGGAAUGUGAUCAGAAACUUGGCUAUAUUUGCAAACGAGGAAAUGCUACUUUAGAAUCUUUCAUUAUUCCUGCAGAGUCUAACGUGCCUAUUAGAUGUCCCAGUCAAUGGAUGUCGUAUGCUGGUCACUGUUACAUAAUUCACAGGGAUCUCAAAAUAUGGAAGGAUGCUUUAACUUCUUGUAGAAAGGAGGAUGGGGAUCUGGCCAGCAUCCAUAAUGUUGAGGAGUACAGCUUUGUUAUUUCUCAACUGGGGUACCAGCCAGACGAUGAGCUGUGGAUUGGGCUGAAUGACCUCAAAGUUCAGAUGUACUUUGAAUGGAGUGAUGGCACACCUGUGACGUACACCAAGUGGCUUCGUGGAGAACCCACUCAUGCAAACAAUAGGCAAGAGGACUGCGUCAUCAUGAGGGGAAAGGAUGGAUUUUGGGCAGACCAUUCUUGUGAAAAGAAAAUUGGCUACAUCUGUAAAAGGAAACCCAUGUCAGAAGCUCCUGCAGAAGAGGAAACUAUUGACAUGGGCUGCCAGAGAGGCUGGAAAAGACAUGGUUUUUAUUGUUACUUCAUUGGAAAUACAUUUGUAUCAUUUUCUCAAGCAAAUCAAACCUGUGAAAGGCAUCAGGCUUUUUUAGCAACUAUUGAAGACAGAUACGAACAAGCCUAUCUGACUAGCCUGGUUGGGCUGAGAACAGAAAAGUACUUUUGGAUUGGACUUUCAGAUGUAGAAGAAAGGGGAACUUUCAAGUGGACUAAUGGCGGAUCUGUCUUGUUUACACACUGGAAUUCCGAAAUGCCUGGAAGAAAGCCAGGCUGCGUUGCCAUGAGAACUGGAAUUGCGGGUGGAUUAUGGGAUGUAAUAAAAUGUGAAGAAAAGGCAAAAUUUCUAUGCAAAGUGUGGGCAGAAGGAGUGACUCCUCCACCUAUUCCUACAACAACUCCUAUUCCCAGGUGUCCAGAAGGCUGGGACUCAAACAGUCGUAUUAAUUUAUGUUUCAAACCUUUUUCAAGAGAGCAAAAGAAAACAUGGCUUGAAUCUCAAGAGUUUUGUCGAGCUGUAGGAGGAGAUCUGGCCUCCAUUAAUGGUAAAGAAGAACAGUAUGUGAUAUGGCAUUCUAUUGCGAACAAUGGCUACUACCACCAACACUUCUGGAUGGGUUUAUAUUACUUGAAUCCUGAUGAUGGCUUUGCUUGGAGUGAUGGAUCUCCAGUGAGGUAUGAAAACUGGGGCUUUGGAGAGCCCAAUAAUUACCAAGGAAUUGAACUUUGUGCAGAGAUUAGUGGCGAUUCCAGCAUGUUAUGGAAUGACAGGCAUUGUGAUUAUCUGCAUGGAUGGAUUUGUCAGAUAAAAAAAGGGGCAAGUGUAAAACCUGAACCAACAGAAUCUCCUGCACCCAAGUAUAAGACGACUGAGGAUGGAUGGAUUAUACAUGAAGACAAACAUUAUUACUUCAGCACAGAAAGUGUUCCUAUGGAAGAAGGUCGGGAGUUCUGCAAGAAGAACUUUGGAGACCUUGCUGUCAUUGAGAGUGAAAGUGAAAGAAAAUUCCUCUGGCGAUAUAUCUUGAAAAGUGGCAAAGAGGAUGCAUAUUUCAUUGGUUUACAACUGAGUGUUGAUCAACGGACAAGCUGGAUGGAUGGGACUCCAGUGAAUUAUUUGGCAUGGGCACCACAUGAACCUAACUUUGCAAAUAAUGAUGAAAACUGUGUAGUCAUGUAUAGGAAUUUAGGAUUUUGGAAUGAUAUAAACUGUGGUUAUCCAAAUCCCUACAUAUGUGAAAGGCACAACAGUUCCAUUAAUUCAACUGCUCCUCCAACAACAUUUUCAGCUCCAGGAGGAUGUCAUCCAACUUGGCUUUCCUUUCAGAAUAAGUGUUACAAAAUAUUUGGAUUUACAGAAGAUCAACGUGUCACUUGGCAUGCUGCACGAACAGCUUGCAUGAAUUUAGGAGGAAACUUGGCUACUAUCCCUAAUGAACAAGUGCAAGCUUUCCUCACCUUUCAUAUGAAGGAUUUUAUGACUGAUACAUGGAUUGGAUUAAAUGAUAUAAAUCAUGAACUGAGGUUCCUUUGGACAGAUGGAAAGGGAGUUUACUUUACAAACUGGGCCAAAGGCUUCCCAUCAGGACAUAUGGAUUUAUACUCAUAUGAUGGCCAGGCUGAUUGUGUUGUCAUGAGAAACAAUCCUGUUAAAGAAGCAGGGAAGUGGGCUGAUGAGAGUUGUGAUAACAGCAGAGGUUAUAUAUGCCAAAUUAAUGCAGACUCUGAGUUUCUCCCUUCUACAAGUACAGCCCCAUCCAGUGUUAUCCGUUACGGUAACAAUAGUUAUUUGUUCAUUCAAACCAAAAUGAAAUGGGAGGAUGCACGAAAAAACUGCAGACGUGAUCAAUUUGACCUUUCCAGUAUCUUAGACCCCUACAGCCAUUCGUUCCUGUGGCUAAAGAUAUUAAAGUAUGGAGUGCCGAUAUGGAUUGGUCUUAACAGUAAUGUGACCGACGGGCGCUAUGAAUGGAUUGAUAACUGGAGAAUGAAGUAUACUAAGUGGGCUGAAGGGGAACCAAAGCAGAAAAUAGGUUGUGUCUAUCUAGACAUUGCAGGAGCCUGGAAGACAGGAUCUUGUAAUGAAAGUUACUUCUCUGUUUGCAAAAAACCUGAUGUUCAAGCUCCCACUGAACCCCCCCAACUUCCAGGAAAGUGCCCUGAAUCAGAAGGUCACAAGUCUUGGGUCCCUUUCCGAGGUCAUUGUUACUACAUUGAAUCUUCAUCUACAAGAAACUGGGCCCAAGCUUCUUUAGAAUGUCUCCGACUAGGGGCCUCUUUGGUGUCAGUUGAAGACUCCGCUGAAGCCAACUUCCUGGCAUACACUAUUGAACCACUUGAAGGGAAAACAUCAACUUUUUGGACAGGAAUGUACAGAAAUGUAGAUGGAGAAUGGUUGUGGCUAGACAACACUGCAGUGAAUUUUGUCAACUGGAAUGUAGGAGAACCUUCACCUCAACAAAGUGAGCACUGUGUUGAAAUGUACGCAAACUCUGGGUACUGGAAUAAUAUUUAUUGCAGUUCCUAUAAAGGCUAUGUUUGUAAAAAACCAAAAACAGCUGAAAUACCGCCAGCAGCUGAAAUGCCACCAGCUGAAAUGCCUACAAAGGCAAUGACAAAGGACGAGAAGGCUCUUACUCUAAACCAUAGUAAAACAGGAGUUGUAGUUAUUGUUGUGAUCCUCAUCCUAGUAGGAACUGGCCUUGCAGGCUAUCUCUUCUACAAAAGAAGAAAGAAUCGCUUGUCAACAAAUGACAGCUUUGAGAACAAUUUGUAUUUUAAUAGUGAUGCAGUUCCUGGAACUAGUGACACAAAGGAUCUUAUGACCAACAUAGAACGGAAUGAACAUGCAACACUCUAAUGUAAUAAAAUAAAAUUUAAUGUAAUAUGUAAUGUAAAAUGUAAUGUAAUAAACUGUGCCUUGUUUUAAUAAAAUUAUGCAACUAGAAUUAAGCCAAAGCUAUUUUCUCAUGUGCAAGUACUGUAGUAGUCAUUUUUCAGUGUGUGGAUAGUGUUACAUACAGCAGUUACUUUAUUUCUUAACCAUUCUAUAUUAUGUAAGAUUUCAGAUCUUAUGAUCUGAAGACCCACACUAAUGAGUGUAGGUCUUAAGGAAAGAGAUAAUACUGACUAAUUAUUAAAUGGAACAAUAGAAAUGGAUACAAUAUAGGAAAUAAAAUGUAAGAUAGAUCUUACAAAGAGACAUGCCUCCAAGAUUUGAAGUUUCUGCCCCAGAUUUAUUUUAAACCAUGCUAAUGCACAGAUUCUCCAGCUAUUUGGCAAACACCUCUGUAAUUCUACCAGCUCUCAAGUAUUCUGUCUUAGCUACAGGGGUGUUGUAGUUGCUAGAUGACAGGCCUAUAUUUAAAACACAUUCUCUUUGAACCAUGUGGAAAAAGAAAUCCUUGUAUUAUGUAACUUCAGUUCCCAUAAUUUCACACACACAGAAAAGUAAGUAUUCAGUUCUCGUAGCAUAUCUAUUCUAGGAUUUAAGUAGAUGAAAUUUGGGGUCAGGCCUCUGGAAUGGCCAGUUCUGACUGGCCACAAGUGGGCUUGUCUGGGAGAGGUGGUACAGAUGAGGGCAAGGCAAAACCUCCUGCUGUAUCAGGACAACAGUGACUGAGGAGGGGGAGGAGGAUUACCUAUACAUAUCCUGAAGGUUUACGGGAGCACUGGAUGGCUCUUAGGGUGAUCACAUGUAACUGCUCACCUGUACCCUCUCAAUAAGUAUCAUAGCUUGUGAGGUGUGUCCUGGAAGUCAAGAAGAAGGCUUGAUCAGUUGUAUCAGUUACUGCUGAUUUUAUUUCCUUUCUCCAAGGGCUAGGUCAGUUACCAUUUCUGGAAAUCUUAAAUUCCCAAAUGCAGAAUUUAUAAUCCUAAUUUUUGUAAAUCUUGUAAAAUGUAAGUCAUGUGUGAGUUCAAUUCCUCACAUAAAAGUGUGCAAAGUUUGGUUUGCAGUUUCAGAUUUUGUUCUGUGAAAUAAAUGAUAACUUGUUUUGAUUUUUUUUAAGUUUUGCAUUUGUAUAGUCUUGUCUAUGUAAGGGUCCGUAGUAAGUCAAAAAGGAGAUUAUAUAACCAUAUUCCAUCUUGAACUGUGAUGAAAUAUAUUUUCAAUAUUUUCUUCUAUCUGUCCAUGCAUUAUCUGCUUAAAACUGAGAGAAAAAUGCCAGCUAAGUGAUUUAGCAACAGUCUGAGUUAUUCAUUCUCUCAGAUAAGGGGAAAUUUAUUCUGGAACCCCAUUCCUCCUCUGCUUUUGUUCCCUUCUUGCUGCUCUUUCCUUUUUUAGUGACAUGUUUACAGUUGUUUGAGCGUUCUUUUCAAGGUGUAGUACUUUUCGUGGUGGUUUACUUCACCUCACGUGUGGCUUAUAUGCAUGAAAGUACAGGAAUCAUUUGAUUUUUAGGCAGCAUCAAAUUCACAAAGCAGAAGAAAAAGGAUAUGCAGCUACUAUUUGCUGCUACUUUUGUCUUCUAUUACAAAGAGGCUGUUGGCUUCUUAGAAAAAGUCUUUCCCAAGCAGUGUCAAGAUUCAUGAAGUGAAGAAGGCCUGUAAAAUGAGAGUGGUAGGCAGCAUGGAUCAGAAAACCUGCUGACUGAGUCUGAAUAAUGUUGUUAAACAUGAUGUUAUCUCUUGUUUCAAAAGUAUGGAGAAAGUCUUCUAUAGGAAGUGGUGCUGGCUAGAAAGAGAAAGGGGUAGGGAAAUCGUAGUGAUGUUGAGAGACCCUGACUGGAAUCGCAGCCUUGUGCUGGCUAAUGUGCAAACUCCAAAUAGGUGCAGUUAGAUGCAGUUUCUGCCCCAAAGAAAUUCGGUCCUGUUUGGAGGCCCUGCACAGCUUUCAGGCUGUGCGUGCUGAGUGAUUCUUCCAGAUAACAUUUCAUCAUGUGUGUAUGUGCAAAGUAUUAUUGGAAAGAAACUAAAGGAUGAGAUGUCUCAUUUCCUGGUGCUUUGCCAAACUUAGCAGGCACAACUCUACAGCUAAUGUAGGUCAGCGAGAGAACCCAGCUCCUGGACCUUGGAUUGUCCUGAACUCAUGUACUCAUUUUACACUGUCUAAAAUCCAGCAUCAUCUUUGAGUUAAAGAGAAUUAAAAAUUCCAUGCCAUCAAUAGCUAGUAGUAGGUGUAGCUGCCUCUGUGAAGUACUGCAUCUCUUUUCCUCUCCUGGUCAAAUGGGUACAACAGAAACAGAGAAAGUUCCAAGUCUGAAGCUCUGUGUUCUUAGUCUAAAGAUGGAUUUAAAUAUUUUGCCUGCUCUUUUUGGAAAGAGUGUAAAUAAAGAUAUGAAAGAGUUUCAGAAGAGAAAAUUUAAGCUGCAUGAUUUACUAUCCCUCUAAAUGCAAUGCAAUGGAAUUGAAGCAAAUUUCUCAUUUAAAAAGAGCGUUUAUGGCACAGGAAAUCAGUAAAUUUCCAUUUAGUAAGCUUAAGAUAAAUCCCAAUACUUAAGCACCAGUACGGACUCUAAUAGCAAUUUUUAAAUUGAAGGUAGAGAAACCAGCAGACUUGAACACUGUAAUCAGUAUCUAACUAACAUGGGAUUAAAUAGAAGACUUUUCCAUGAGGGCUUGUAAUGGUAAAAAUGGACAUUAUGGGAUUUCUUUUUUGUUUAUUUUUUUUUCAGCUAGUAUCUUGCAGUGAUGGAGACUCAUUCAUUAGGCAUCUGAAUGCAAGAGUCCCAAGUUUUUAACAACAUUAUUCCUUUGGUUAAACUUGUAACAAAACUGGUCAUACAUUUUCAAGAAUGGUUGAUAGGGUAGUUCCAAAACUACGGUUCUCUUUCCAUAGCCUAAUGUUAUUUCAUUCUUCCCUAGACAGAGUUGUAAUGAAAUGGUUUUACCUAACAUCACUUGGUAAUGUGGCGUUAUGUUCUGUUUUCCUGCUGUUAAGCUAUAAUGUUCCCGAGAAGUAAUUGCUACAUAAAAAAGUUUUUAAGAUUGGGAUGAGGAAAUUAUCCUUGUUGCUGUAUUUGAUUGAAUAUUGGCAAUGAUUCAUACUCAUAUGGCCAUAUAAUUUUUUACUUAAUGUAUUUUGAUCCAUCACCAAUUAUUUCAGCUGUUUUUUCCUACCAGCUGCUAUUCCUGCUCACACUGGUCAGUCAUCUUAGAACUAUCAUGUUGCUCUCAUGGUCUCUUAUUUUGUUUCCUUGCUGGAUGCCACCACUUGUGGAAAGUUUAAGCCUGUAUGUUGUAUAAAUAAACAUUCACAAAGGAA